UUAAAUAACUCAAAUAUCAGUGAAAAAUGGAAACUCCAAUAGUUAAACUAUCUGAUCUCGAUGCUGAGACAGUUUACGAGCCCUCGGAGGACUCGUUUCUGUUGAUAGACAGCCUCGAGACGGAUUUGAAGAAAUUUGAAAAGGUGAAACCAAAUAUUUGCAUGGAGAUUGGCAGUGGCUCUGGGGUUGUCAUAACAGCUCUGGCAAUGGCGUUCAAACGAAACAAUUGGCCUGGCCAUUUUAUAGCAAUUGACAUCAAUCCGGAUGCUUGCAGAGUUACUAAAAAUACGAGUAUUAUUAAUUCAACGAAUGUUGAUAUCAUUCGCAUGGAUUUAGUAUCGUCAUUGAAGGCUAAUCAUUUAAUCGAUAUACUUAUAUUUAAUCCACCGUACGUUGUAACUGAGUCUAGUGAGAUUUUUGAUGAUAGGCUCAUUAGUAAGACGUGGGCUGGGGGAAGAGAUGGGCGGGAGGUAAUGGAUCGAUUGUUUUCGGUGGUACCGAAUUUAUUGUCGAGUCGGGGAAUCUUCUAUUUGGUUGUUAUCAGGGAGAACAAGCCGAGUGAUAUUAUAGAUAUUUUUGAAGGGCUUGGUAUGAGUGGAGUUAUAGCUAUGGAGAGAAGGGUGCGGGGAGAGCACCUGUAUAUUCUUAGAUUUGUGAAAAAUUCAACGCAGUGAUGAUGUAGAGUUCGUUUUACAACUUCACAUGUCAUUCGGCUCGGCAUCAUUCAAGUGUUUAUAAUUCUAAUUACUAUUCCCAAUAGUGGAGAUAUAAAUAUUCUAUUUUUGAAUUUCCAUCUCUCCGUUUAUUGUACAUAAUUUUUUAUCAUUUACAAUAGAGUCCCGUUGUAGUCGCGGGUAUGGGGAUAUAGGGGAAGAGAAUUCGGAGAGUUCGACUAUAUAUUCAACCUCCCCCACCACGCGCUCGCAGCGAUCGCAAACUGAAUUUUUUCAUAGCAAUUUCGAAUAUGAGGGAAAUUUAUUUUUCGGCCUUAUUUUGCCUGGAAUUCAGUUCCUCUCCAGAAGGACCAGUAAAUUCUUUACAUCUUGGAGCCCGAGGUAGUAAAGUCGGGUGCCGAACGAUUAGAUGCGACUAUAACGGCAUUUUACUGUAUUUAUUUCCAUUUUCAUGUCGACGUUCCAAUGGAUUUACGGUAUUUAUGACGUAAUUGAAAUGAUGUGUGAAUGGAAAAUUCAAUACUUUCUUUUUUCAUUUUAUCAAAAUUAUAAAAUAAGAAAUACAUCAUGUA